AUGGAUGCCCUCGAGUUCUCAAGAAUGGUUUGUGAGAGUCUCUUUGCGGAGCGGAUGCGUGGGUUACCAGACAGCAGGAAGGGUUUGAUUCAGGAGAAAGUUACUGAAAUUCUAUCAGCGGCUCGGGUGACAAGCUCAUCACUGAAAUCGGAGACAUGGAGCCAGACAGAAAGAAACCUGCGCUUCUGUGCUGAAGGCUGGGGACGUGUGGAAGAUUUGCUGCACGCUUUGGCUCAUGUUCGAAAAGGCCUGUCGACUGCGCCGGCCACAAGAGCACUCCCAAGAUUAAACAACCUCUGUAUGUCCGCGGAGUAUUCUAAGAAUUUGCGGAGACAGCCUGCCUUUACAGUUUGUGUUGAGCGCCUCAGUGGCCAGCAGCUUGUGCUUGACAUGGGCAAUCGCAAUCCGUGCAUCUCGCAGAUCAAGGAGCGGAUAGAGAAGCAGUGGAAAAUCCGGGUGGACCUUCAGAUGCUUAUGGUGGACAGUAGGCCCCUUGAAGAUUCCGAAGAGCUGCCAGAGUUCGAGAACCCCUGUCAUGUCACACUGGUCGUGUCGAUGCAGAAGCCAUUGAGAUGCCUGGAGCACAGCGACUACGCCCAGCGUCUAGCUGCGCUGCACGUGUUGGCUGCUGAGGCGAGGAAAGACGACGAGGAGGUACUUGAAGCUGUAAUGAGGUGUUGUACGGACGCCAGCGGAUACGUGCGAGCAAAGGCUGCCAGAACGCUCCCAGAGCUCUGUCAUCACCGCAACUCAGAGGCACUGCAGGCACUCUUGUUGUUGCGGUAUGACCAAGAUUUUUCAGUCCAGAAUGCGGCAGCUGCUGCCCUGGCAAGAUUUCCCAAGGCCUGA